AUGGCAUUUGCAAUGAUGCUUUGCUUCUACUUGUUCUUUCUUUCUCCCUCCCUUUCUUCUUCUCUCAACCUGCCUUUUUGUAUUUCUCAUGACUCCUCUGCACUUCUCCAAUUCAAACACUCUUUCUCUCUUAAUCAUUCUGCUUCAAUCGAAUGUGAUGAGGAUUUUGAUGACUACUACCCAUAUACCACUCGGUUUGAGAAUUCAUCUUACCCCAAGAUGGCUUCAUGGGGGAAUUAUUCAAAUUGCUGCUUGUGGGAUGGGGUCACAUGUGACUCCAUGUCAGGCCAUGUGAUUGGCCUUGAUCUUAGUUGUAGCUGGCUUCAAGGUCAACUCCUUCCAAAUAAUAGCCUCUUCCGACUAUCUCAUCUCCAAUCACUCAACUUGGCUUUCAAUAAUUUUAGUGGGUCUUUGAUAUCAUCUCAGUUUGGUAAUUUUCCUUCUCUCACAUAUCUAAACUUAAGCCACUCUUUUUUCAUUGGUGAAAUUCCAUCAAAAUUUGCAUAUUCGUCAAAAUUGGUCUCUCUUGAUUUGUCUUGGAAUGGAUUUUACUCAUUUGAGAAGUGGAGUCCUUUGAGACUAGAAACAUCCACAUGGGAGAAGCUCAUUUUAAACAUGACUUAUUUGCGAGAACUUGCUUUAAAUUAUGUAAAUAUGUCUUCUAUUUCACCAAGCUCCUUAUCUUUACUCAUGAAUUUGUCAUCCUCUUUGGUCUCCCUUAGACUUCAACAUACUGAGUUGCAAGGGAAAAUCACAAAUGAUGUUUUUUGUCUGAAAAAUCUUCAGCAACUAGAUUUGUCAUGGAAUAGAAAUCUCAACAAUCAUCUUCCAAUAUCCAAUUGGAGCUCUUCUCUUUCAUUUUUGGAUCUUAGUUACGCAGCAUUCUCAGGAGUGUUUGAUUCCAUUGGAAAGUUAAAAUAUCUUAGUCAUUUAGAUCUUAGUAGUUGUAAAUUUGAAGGGCGGGUUCCUUUGGGUUUCAAGAAUCUUACCCAACUAACUUAUUUGGACAUUUCUGACAACAUGUUUAGUGGCAAGAUCUCAUUCUUUUCAUACCUAGAACAUCUCACUUUCUUAAACCUUGAAGGCAAUAAUUUUGUUGAGGAAAUCCCAUCUAAGAUCUCACAGUUGUCUAAAUUAGCCUCACUUGACUUGUCUUCAAAUUUUGGUAUGAAGGGGAGUUCAUCACUUAGACUUGAACUAUCUACUUGGGAAAUGCUGAUUCUAAACUUAACUAAUUUAAAGGUACUAAGGUUAGACCAUGUGAACAUGUCCUCUAUUACACAAAAAUCUUUUUCUUUGCUCAUGAAUUUGUCAUCAUCUUUGAUUGAACUUUCUCUUGAAGAAACUUCUUUGCAUGGUAAUAUCACAAAUAGAAUUUUCUAUUUAGAAAAUCUUAAAUAUCUAGAUAUGAGCUGGAAUACAGAUGUCAAGGUACAAAUCUCAAAGCUCAACCGGAGCUCUCCUCUAACAAGUUUGAUUCUCACUGGGAUCCCUUUCUCAGGAAAGAUACCAAAUUCUAUAAGCCAUUUGAAGUCUCUUGAAGAGUUAGAUCUCAAAAAUUGCCAAUUUGAAGGGCCUAUUCCUCCAAGUUUCAAGAAUCUCAUUCAACUCACUUCUUUGGACCUUUCGUUGAACAAAUUUAGUGGUGGGAUCUCAUUUCUUUCAACACUCGUAAAUCUCACUUACAUAAAUCUUUCCAAUAAUAACUUUAGUGGUCAAAUUCCAUCACUUUCCAACCUUGAACGUCUCAAUGACUUAGUUCUUUCAAACAAUAAUUUUAGUGGUGGGGUUUCAUUUCUUUCAACACUUGUAAAUCCGAUUUCCUUAUAUCUUUCCAAUAAUAGUUUUAGUGGUCAACUGCCACUCUCACUUGGAAACCUUGAACGUCUCCAAGAUUUAGAUCUUUCAAUAAAUAAUUUUAGUGGUGGAAUACCAAAAGUGUUUGGAAAGCUCAAUAAAUUACACUCUUUGGAACUUAAUAAUAAUAAUUUCAAUGGUCAAGUGCCUUCAUCCCUUUCAAAUACAAGUGUCACAAUUCUUGAUCUUAGCUUCAACAAGUUGGAAGGAAACCUCCCAAUUCCAUUCUUCAGAGCUAGAUUUUUUUCAGUCUCAAACAAUAAAUUUAAGGGAGAUAUUUCCUUUCAUUUUUGCAAUGCAAGCUCAAUUGAGAUACUCAACUUGUCUCACAACAACUUGUCAGGUCCCAUUCCACAAUGCCUUGUUGCCCUCCCAAAUCUCGUUGUUCUAGAUCUACAGAUGAAUAAUUUUUUUGGAACUUUACCAAACAAUUUUUUAAAGAGAAAUGUCCUACAAACUCUACAUUUCAAUAGCAACCGAUUCAAGGGAUCAUUGCCUCUAUCUUUGGCUCAUUGCAAUCAGCUCGAAAUUUUUGAUGUUGGACAGAAUGAGAUUGAGGAUGCAUUUCCUAAGUUGCUUGAAAGUUUUCCAGAGUUACAAGUGCUUGUUUUAAGAGAAAAUAGAUUUUAUGGGACCAUUCCUAAUUCCAAUACCAAGCAUCCAUUCCCUAAGUUAAGGAUUUUUGACAUUUCCAACAACCACUUUAAUGGAUCUUUGCCAACAACAUACAUCAAGGAGUUUAAAGGAAUGAUGAAAAUAGAUGAUGUUGAAGAUGGUUCACAAUAUAUGGGAAGUAAAAAUUAUUCAUAUGAGGAUUCAGUGGUGAUCACAUGGAAAGGUUUUACCAUAGAGCUGGAAAGGAUCUUGAAAAUAUUCGGCACUAUGGACUUGUCAAAUAAUAGGUUGGAUGGGGAGAUUCCAGAAGCUAUUGGAGAGCUACAUGCACUAAUAGGACUAAAUCUCUCCCACAAUAGAAUCACUGGUUCUAUUCCAAAAUCAAUGGGGAAUUUGACAAGCCUAGAAUGGUUAGAUCUAUCAAGUAACAAGCUUGUGGGUGACAUUCCUCAAGAAUUGACAAAUCUCAACUUUCUUUCUAUUUUGAACCUUUCACAAAAUCAGCUUGAGGGAACCAUACCAAGAGGUAAACAAUUUGAUACAUUCCAAAGUGAUUCAUAUGAGGGAAAUGUAGGAUUGUGUGGUGUUCCAUUGUCAAAAACUUGCAAUACGGAUGGACCUUCAUCAACUUUUGAAUCUAAUGAGAAAUUUGGAUUUGAUUGGAAACCAGUAGCCUUGGGAUAUGGAUGUGGAAUGGUAUUCGGAAUCCUCAUGGGACAUGUUGUGUUCUCAAUUGGGAAACCUCAUUGGCUUGUUAAAAUUUUUGGAAGUCAACCUGUGAAAGCAAAAAGGACAAGAAGGAGGGCUCAUGCAAAUUGA